AAAAGCGAAGGGCGUCCUGAGAGGGGUCAGGCCUCUGUGAUCUGGGCGGCAGCGAGGGACUAGGCCUCUGGAUCCCUGGGCGGAGCGGAUGUCUACGGGUAACGUCACGAGAGUGGUUCCUGUUGCGAGAGUGCCACUCCAGAGGCGGAGGCUGGUGAUCUAGUUCAGCGCUGGUCCUUGCUGUCCUCGCCGCCCCCGCUCCGCACCCACCGCCAUGGCCCAGCCGCCACCCGAUGUUAUAGAGGACGACUGUCUCCCUGAAUACCACCACCUCUUUUGCCCCGACCUGCUCCGGGGCAAAGUUGCUUUCAUCACAGGCGGUGGCUCUGGGAUCGGGUUCCGGAUUGCUGAGAUCUUUAUGCGGCACGGCUGCCACACAGUCAUCGCCAGCAGAAGCCUUCCGAGAGUGUCGUCGGCUGCCAGAAAGCUGGCUGCUGCUACUGGCCAGGAGUGCCUCCCUUUAUCUCUGGAUGUUCGAGCUCCCCCAGCUAUCAUGGCCGCUGUGGACCAGGCACUGAAGGAGUUUGGGAAAAUUGACAUUCUCAUAAACUGCGCAGCUGGAAAUUUCCUGUGCCGGGCCAGCACAUUGUCCUUCAAUGCCUUCAAGACCGUGAUGGAAAUUGACACUUUGGGCACCUUCAACGUGUGUCGUGUGCUCUACGAAAAGUUCUACCAUGACCAUGGAGGAGUGAUUGUGAACAUCACGGCAACCCUGGGUAACCGGGGACAGGUGCUCCAAGUGCAUGCAGGGUCUGCCAAGGCAGCUGUGGAUGCAAUGACGCGGCACUUGGCUGUGGAGUGGGGUCCCCAGAACAUCCGUGUCAACAGCCUUGCCCCUGGUCCUAUCAGUGGCACAGAGGGCUUCCGGCGGCUAGGUGGUCCUCAGGCCAGCAUGAGUCGGAAGGUCCUGGCAACCCCCCUGCAGAGGCUAGGGAACAAGACAGAGGUCGCCCACAGUGUGCUCUAUCUGGCCAGCCCUUUGGCAUCCUACGUGACUGGGGCUGUACUGGUGGUCGACGGUGGAGCAUGGCUGACGUUCCCUAAUGACAUCAAAUUGCUGACGGAUUUCUCAUCUUCUGCUAAGCUCUAGAAGUCUGCCCAUGUUGAUGUGUGCAGAUGUGGUUCAUUCAUCGAAACUGGUACAUAAUAUUCCAUCAAAAUAGACUACACCUCGGCCAGUCAGCAGUCUCUUCAUGGAAUUAUGAAAGCCAGUGCUGUGUGAAGAUACUUUUCCUGUCUCCUGUGCCACAUGUCUCCUGGAAAGGUACAGAAGUGGAAGUGCUGGGUUGAAGGGCAUACAGACCUUCCUUUAACCGUAUUUCUAAUGUGAAUCCCCACACUGUACUUGGAUCAGACUUAAUUUUUAGUCUGAUUGAUGUCAAAUGCUAUCUUUACUCAUUCCCUUGAGUACCAGUAGGGUUCAGCAUCUUUUUUAUAUGUUUAUCGGCCACUUGAGUUUCCUCAUCUGGAACUUAUUCAUGUUCAUUGUUCACUUUUGUACUGGGUGGCUGUUCUUUUAUUGGUUUUUGAGAAAUUCUUUGUGUAUUCUGGAAAUGAAUCCUUUGUCAGUUAUAUCUGUUCUAAAUCUCUUCCCAGUUGCUUUUGGGGGACUGAAUUGUGUCCCCCAAAUUCGUUAGUUGAAGCCCUACCCCCAAACCCAAUGGUAUUUGGAGAUGGGGCCUUUGGAAGGUAUUUAGGGUUAGAUGAGGUCACGUGGGUGAGGCCCCAAUUAUGGGAUUUAGUGGCUUUAUAAGAAGAGGAAGAGAGAACACACCUAGAAGGAGGCCCUCACUGCAAGCUGGGAGGGAGUUCUCACCAGGAACGAUUUUGCUGGCAUCUUGACCUUGGACUUCCCAGUCUCCAGAAUAGUGAAAAAUAAAUGUCUGUUGUUUAAGCCACUCAGUACAUGCUAUUUGGUUAUAGCAGUGUGAGCAGACUAACACACCAGUCUAUGAUGUGUCUUUUGUCAAAUAGAAGGCUAAUUUAAAAUUAAUUUUUACUAAAGUAUAAUUUACACAUAGUAAAAUUCACCCUUUGUAGUGUGCAGUUUGUAAGUUUUGACAAACACAUACAAUUAUAGAGCUACCAUUAAAACCAAGAUAUAGAAUAGUUCAUUCACUCUAAAUUCCCCUCUCCUCCAGCCCCCACCAGUCUGACUUGAGUCCCUAUACUUUUGGAAGCCUCAAAUUUUAAUGUAUUUAAAUUUAAAUCAUUAUGUUACUUAAUGGUUUGUGAUUUUUAUUCUUGUGUAAGAAAUUUUCCUGCUGUAAGAUCAUAAGCAUAUUUUUAAAUGUCUUCUAAGUUUUAAAGUUUUACUUUCCACUUUUGUGCCUUUGAUUACUCUAUUUUUGUAUCUGAUGUGGCAUAGGGAUCUGGUUGUGAGGUUUUUGUAUAGAUAAUUGGCAUCAGCUGUAGAACAGUCCAUCCUUUCCUUAUGAUUAGCAAAGCCACCAACGAUAAAACUAAUGGGUUUGACUACUCAAAAUGAAAGAUUUCUGUCUAAUCUUUCCAAUAGACAGAGUUCAUGAAGGAGUUAUAGGCAGGGAGAAGAUAUUUUCGAUUUUGCAACAUCAAAAACUGAUGAAAGAUUUAUCUAAAGAAAAAGUCAGAGAAUCUAAUAGAAAAAUAAGCAAGUGCUAUAACUGUUCGCGGAUGUGGGAUCCAAGUUGGUUAAUAAACAGUAAGAAAUGC